GGGGCCGAGUCAAUACUCUGAAGUCGGGGAAGCGGGUCCCGGGCGUUCGCCAUUGGCCCGCACUGUCGCCCCUCUGGCGGCGUGGGCGGGGCGUGGGCGGGGCCGUGUGUGCCGCCCGGGUCCCAAGAGGUGCGGCUCGGUGGCCUUCGGGGUCCUGGGUCGCGAGGCGUGGCGACGCGGGGGCUGGAUCCACGGCCAGUCAGCGGUAUUGGGGGCCUGGACGGCGCGGCCCGGCUGCAGAUCGGUUCCGGAGUGGGCGGGAGCGCGGGAGGGGCUCGCAGCCGAGGUCUGCCCGGAACUCCGUGAUCACACGCCGGAGGCCCUUCCCCCACCAUGGAGCCAGGCAGCAUGGAGAACCUGUCCAUCGUGUACCGGAGCCGUGACUUCCUGGUGGUGAAUAAGCACUGGGACGUGCGCAUCGACAGCAAGACGUGGAGGGAGACACUGACCCUCCAAAAGCAGCUUCGGCACCGCUUCCCUGAGCUAGCCGACCCAGACACCUACUACGGGUUCAGGUUCUGCCACCAGCUGGACUUCUCCACCAGUGGGGCACUUUGUGUGGCCCUGAACAGGGCAGCUGCGGGCAGUGCUUACAAGUGCUUUAAGGAGCGGCGUGUCACCAAGGCUUACCUGGCUCUGGUUCGGGGACACAUCCAGGAGAGCCGGAUGACCGUCAGCUAUGCCAUCGGCAGGAACAGCACAGAGGGUCGAGCCCACACCAUGUGCAUUGAAGGCACCCAGGGCUGUGAGAACCCGAAACCAAGCUUCACGGAGCUGGUGGUUUUGGAACAUGGGCUGUAUGCAAGUGACCCCGUCUCCAAAGUGCUGCUGCAGCCCCUCACAGGCCGCACGCACCAGCUUCGUGUACACUGCAGUGCCCUCGGUCACCCCAUUGUGGGGGAUCUGACAUACGGGCAGGCCUCAGGCCGGGAGGACCAGCCAUUCCGCAUGAUGCUGCAUGCUUUCUACCUGCGGAUCCCCACGCAGGCUGAGUGUGUGGAGGCCCGCACGCCAGACCCCUUCGUGCCCACCCUUGACGCCUGCUGGAGCCCCCAUACCCUGGUGCAGCCACUGGACCAGCUUGUCCAGGUCCUGAGGACUGCCCCUGACCCUGAGCCUACAGAAGGGGGCCCUGGGCCCUGCAGCCCCUCCGUGCCCCUGCCUGGGCCAGGCCGGCGCCCACCACCCCCUGCCAAGCCCCCUGAGACAGAAGCGCAGCGGGCCUCUUGCCUUCAGUGGCUGUCAGAGUGGACACUGGAGCCAGACAACUGAGAGUGUGGGGCUGGGGUGGGGGUGUAGGCGGAGACCCCCAGGCAGAGGGGGGCUAAGCCCAUCCCAAAGCUGGGGUGUCCCAGUGGACGAGAACUGAGUCCCCACCCUGGCCACAGGGGCCAGGUCUGAGGAGGGGCCAAUUGGCAGCCAUGAUUCUGGAGGAUGAAGGGACUGUGGGACCAGCCCCCCAGGGGAAAUCAAGGCCUGCCUGUCCUCCAGAAAUGCCUUUCUGACUCUGAAGCUUCACCCCCAGGGCCCAUGUUGGAGACUUGCCUCGAGUUGCCCUGAAAGGCCCCGGGCCACCCCUUGCCUGGGUGGGCUCCUCCUGGGCCCCCAGUCCACCCCGCAGAGCACCCUGCUUCUCACUCUGUUCAGACCUGUGCCGUCACCCCAGCCUGGCUAAGCCCUCUUCACCUGCAGACCCUGACUCGCCUCUGCCUGGCUGACCCUGCCUGUGCCUUGGCUUCUACGGGAUUCUGCCCCUGGGUCUCCCUCUCAGCCCAUAUCCUGAUCCUCACACGUGGGGUGGGUCUGGGCCGUCCCCUCAGGCCUGGCAUAAGUGCUGCUCUGCAGGACCCUCCCACUCAGCCAGGAGGCGUCAAACCUCAGCCUGGGAGCUGGCAGCCCAGGCCCCGCCCUGUCCAUCUCCCAGGACACCCACAUAUUCCAGCCGCAGCUGGGCUCCAGGACUUGGAAUAAAGGCUCAGUGACU